CAGACGGUUCGAAGUUCGUCGUGUUGUUCUCGCAGUCAGUGUAUGUUAUCAGCGGUUGAUCUGAGUCGGAAGAUUCUCGUUGUCGGUUCGCUGUCCUUGUACACAGAGAGGGCUUGUCCGCAGGACGGUGUGUCGUGACUCAAGAUUUGUUUACCUCUCUCGUGGUUCGUUUUAUUCUCGGUUUUCUGGAAGAUUGGCAAAGAAAGAAUCGCGGUGAAGUUCCAUGUGUUGAGAAAGGUUCGGCGAAGGUUGUUUCGAAAAAGAGGUACGAAAAGUUGGAGGCUUUUCGGAGAAUUGUGCUGGCUCUUCUGGAGCUGUGAUUAAAGAAUCGUUUCCAAUUGAUACAAUUUGGGCAGCGCCAUUAUCUGGUGGAAUUUCGAUUGUUGUCGUGUCGUUGCAUGUGGGAUGCAUACAAUUAGAGUGAUUCAUGAGAUAAACAUUCCGGCACGAAACUCGAGGAAAAGAUCGAUCAUAAUUGAUUGCCGGAGCUUUAUUGCUGUGGUCGCGUGAUUGGGGAGUGAAACAGUAUCGAGCGCGACGACGACCCAAAGAAGUCAGUCGAGAAGAGAAGACGUGAAAGAAUCUCAGUCUGUGGGGGAAGUUGUUGUGGCUGGCGUUCGGAGAUCGUGAGGUGUCCGACAGAAACCAGUAAGCAGUGGCGAAUCGAAUGUAAUUCGAUAGACGGUAUUCCGGAACGGCGAUCGGAAAGAGUUGGUUGUGAGAUCGGUGAUCGGAGAGUUGUUACCGGUGGAAAAGCUCCCUGCAAGACUCCCCGUCUGCAGUCAACCCAAUUCCUCGCCAUCGUAAAAUCUCCACCAGACUGCACCGGCCAUAAUCUCGAUCAAGAUCAUCAAGUUGGGCCUCAGCCCGGUCGCAGUCGAUUAUCCAAUCCACAAGAAGAAGCAAGCAAAAAAACGACUAUGAUGAAAACAUAACGAUAUCGUCAAUAUGUAACGCAACAAAAAGAGCAGAAAAGGCGCGAAAAAAACGAGUAACCGGAAAAUGCACGUAUAAAUCACACCCUUAAGAGUCGGCUGUGGUAAGAAAAGGAAGAAGAAAAAAGAUAAAAAUAUAUAAGAAAAAUUAAGCAGCAAGAUAACAACAAGGCAAAAAGUAGGAAAGGAAAAGUGAAAGAUCAUCAUCGCCGUCGCAGCUCACAGCUGGCAAACAAGUCCGCGGUUUUCCCGACUGCGCCGCCGCUGAUCUACGCAGCAAUUUACGCUCCACGAGUGAUGAGAAAGUGUUGAUUUAUAAUAAUUUUCAUUUUUAUAGAGACCCCUUUCUGGGUGGAAGCUGACUGCCUGCCGAGAAAAUUGAUUCAGCUGAAGAGAGCAAAUAAAGUGGAGGUUUUAUUUUUUGGUGCAAUAAAAGUUAAUAGAAAACUUUUGAAGAAGCGAGAAAAAAACGCGUUAAAAGUAGUGGCUUUAAUUAAGAUUUAUUGGUCGAUGUAACUUUCGGUGCAUCAUUCGAAACCCGCUUUCUGGCAGCACUGCCGAUUUUUAAGGCGAAGAAGCCAAGGUGUCAAUUGAGAGAGGUGUCAAUCCCCUCCCCUUCAGUGCGCGUUAGAGUGUGAGUGAAAAGGAAGACCAAGAAAAGGCCUCAAAGUGUCGUUCAAAGGGUCAAAAAUGGCACCGGGUAACGGUGCGGGGGCUCCGGAGGGAGGUGGUGGCGGAGGAGGCUCCGGUCCACCGAGCAGAACGCCGUCCAUCAUGGACAGUCCGACGUUGGCCCGGGUUGAGAGGGCCCGGCUGAGGCAGGAAGCUGCGGCGGCCAAUGGUGCUGGUGGCGGAAGUCAGCCCCAUCUGAGGGAGGACAGCUUGGAGCGGGUGCUGCUGGAUCCAAAGAAGUCCCUCCUAAUUGGACGCAUCCCGGUGGCCCAGAUGACCGGACCGAUCAAACGAGGCCUGCUCUGGCAGCAGCGGGACCGACUCUUCUCCAGAUGGAAGGAAAGAUAUUUCAUCCUGACACGUGAUUAUCUAAACUGCUUCAAACGGUCGUCCGGAUCGGCGUCGGAGAAAAUUUCCGACAUGGGACAGUUUAUCUUUAAGAUCAAACUGGUCGACGUGGAGAAGGUCGAGUGGCUGAACCGCCGGUCGUACAGCGCAAUUGGCUUGCUUCUCGGCUCGCGAGAAGGUCGCGUCUUAUUGCGCUGCGACCACGGCCUCGAGGACUGGUUCGAGCUGCUGGAGGAGUGCACCCUGAGCAGCAAGGAACGCCGGCGGGCACUCCGGCUAACCCAAGGGCCUCGCUCGCGGGCUUCGUUGGCCGCUCCCGUUUCGCACGCAUCCCUGCAGAGCAACCACCUCGGGCUGGGCGGAACCUACUCCGGUGCAAUCGAGGACUGGCUCAUGUCGCGGCACCACAAGGCCGGCGGAGGUCACCACAAUCAUCACCAUUUGCAUCACUUUUUGCACUCGGACUCGGUUCCGGACCUGAGCACAAUCAACGAGAACCACGGCCUGACCAGCGGACUGUUGACGAACCAUUCGACGCCGAAGAAGGUCCCCAACGCACGCCACAACCUGUCCGGAAGUUCGACCAAUGGGUACAACAGCCACAACGGAAGCUUCUGCAACGGGUUCCCGUACUCGCCGCUGAAGAAACUCUCGGACAACUUUAUCAACGGCAACAGCACCUACAUCAUCAACGACGAGGACGAAGAGGUUGAACUGCGCCGUGGAGGUCGCUACCGCGUGGAACAGGACGACCUCUACCGGCGUCCGCUGGGCCCGGCCGGCAACAGCAACGACAACAACCGUCACUCACCAGUGCUGACCGAUUUGGACUUUUCCGCGUGUGACAGCGGGUUGGACACGCCACCGUCCACGCAUCGGCCUUCGAGCUGCCGGGACAACAUGUAUCUGAUUGCGGCGUACAACCACCACAACCAGAGUCACCUUGCGAUGAUGAACGGUGGCAAGGACAAAACCACCGACACCGGGAUCAGCUCGUCGCGCGGGACGUUGGUGUCGCCGGCGAACAGCAUUCGGCACGGACUCAACGGCAACAACAACAACAACAGCUACAAUAUGAACAGUUAUGGGUCGAGAUACAGCGUCCAGGAGCAGAAGAUUCUGCGCGCCCGCAACAACCACCCGGAGGAAACUAACGGCAAAAACUCGAUUCGCUCGAUCCGCGCCGAGUUCUUCGAGCAGAACAAAUACAACAACAACAAUAAUAAUCACCUUGCAAACGGUUCCACCAACAACAGUCCGGCCCACAACGGUGGCCAUCACUACCACCAUGGUCAUCAGCACCAGCACCAACAUCUGGUCGGAAGCAACGGAAACAUUCACCAACAACAGCAGCACCAUCACCACGUGGUCAACGGACUGAACAACAAUCAACAGCAGCAGCCUCACUUUAAUGGCAACAGUAUUAACAGCACCAACGGAAAUGGGACGGCCGCGCUGCGGGACCGCUACCAGCAUCCGGCCCUCGCCGCAAUCAUCAACGAAUCCCAGGGAAUGAAGUUUAGAGAUCGUUCCUACUCGGAUUGCCAGCAGCAGGUGCCUCGCCGGCAGUGGACCAGCAACACGCCCAGCCCGAAGCGCAUCCCGUACCUGGGAACGCCCCCAACCCGGGUCUAAUCGAUUCCUGGCCACGUGGAAGAUGAAGGUUAA